GUAAUGCAAACGAUUUCACCACAUCUUGAAACCAAGAUAAACCGCCCCCGUCAUUUAUUUGCAGCAAUUAUCUGUAGUGUUCUGGUACCCACGCUCACUCACGGGAGUGGCUUUAUGAGAACGCCACAGCAGCACGUCUCACUUGAAUGAAAGAAGCUGGCGAACGGAACUCGAGGAAUAGUUUAGCAAACUUCUAACCUUCAAACGACUCGUCCUCCGCCAUGGCGUACGCUGCGUAUUGGUCAAGCAUCAAAGGUGACACUUCAUUACAUAAACCCCAUGUUCCUCAGACCUCAAGGUUCCAGUCUCAGCAGGUCACACCCACCCCAACAUCUCAGGUCUCCACAGCGAAUCCUGCAAAAUAUGAGAAAGGACCUACACAAUCGUCUACUGCAGUUGUGACUGUCAAACCCGGCACCACGCCUGCAACCCCAGCAGCUCCGUCAGGAGCAUCUGCUGCGGGAGCUGCAGGAGGUGGAGGUUUCACCACCACUCAGAAAGGACCUUCUCUAGUCACGCCACAGGCCACAGUCUCUAAACCUACACCUGCACCUUCUGCUAAAGUCCCAACUGUGAGCUCUGGAACUGGACCUGCUGGAACGACAGGAGUGAAGAUCACAGACCCUCUGAAAGACAAGGCCCAGAGUACAACCAUUCCUUCAUCCAAACCGGGAGCUGCUAAGGUGGAUCCGGCUGUUGGGAAGCCCUCAGCCCCGGCCGGUGCGCAAAAGCAGACAAGCGCUCAAAAGGUGCAAGUGGAAGUGGGUCCUCCAGGAGCUAAAGUCAGUACGGAGGAUGUAGAUCCGUUUGAUGCCCUGUCUGGCACAUUACCAUCAUCCCGACCUGUGGCUCCUAAAGUCCCAGCAUUCACUGGACCAGAGGUCAAAGAGCCAAAUGUAAAAGCAGAGAAGGGUUUAAUCUGUGGUGAGAGAGAUGACACAUUGCCACCCGGAUACAGACGAGCAGACCUGGAAAAGAAAACACCUGCUGGAGUUCCUGAGAAGCCUAAAGAUGUUCCCAAGCCUAUAAGCACAGACGAGGCGAUGGACUCCCUCUCAGCAGGGUUUGUGUCUUCAGCUCCAGCUGCUCCCAAGAAGACAGAUGUGAAAACUGAAACAGUAGGAGCAGUCGAUGUUCGUUCGGCAGGCAUCUCCAACUUUGCUCCCCCUCCACCCUAUCAGCAGAAACAACCGACAACAUCUCAGCCUGCUCCACCAGCUGACAAGAAAGCCAGGAUCGAGACCCUUGCACAACCCACUAAACCAAAGACAGAUCAGACGGACAGCUCCAUGUCGCUGGACGCUCUCAGCGCUUUGGGUGAUACACUGGGUGCUCCAGAACCACCCAAAAAAUUACCUGAACUCAAGCCUGGGCAGAUAGUUGAUGAGAAGAAAUGGACAUCAGAGAAGGGUGUUCGUGUCGGGGAGAGAGAAGACACACUCCCACCAGAUUAUAGAUUCUCAGAGGAAGAGCUCAUGAAAUAUCCUCCUCCUGAGAAAGAGCCCUCACUGAACACAGACGAUGCACUGGACUUUCUUUCUGGAGGUUUCACGGAGCCCGCGGCAGCCCCUGUUGUUAAGGCCCCUGUUCCUCCUGCACAGGAAAAGAAGAAGCCUGAAGUGGUUCCUGAAAAGACUAAAGAUGCUCCUAAGGAAACAAAGAAACCUGCUGGGGUUCCUGAGAAAUCUAAAGAUGCUCCCAAGCCAAAAGUGGAUGAAUUAUCAGCACUGGAUGCUUUGGCAGGUGAUUUUGUGGCUCCUGCACAGUCGGUGCCUAAGGUUUCUUCGGGGGCUCUUAAAACUAGCCCUCCUGGCCCUCUGCAAACACCACAGAACGAUGAGGACGCUCUCAGCGCUCUGGGCGACACACUGGGUGCACCAGAGCCACCCAAAAAAGAAGCUGAACUCAAACCUGGGGACAUCGUUCAUGAGAAGGAUUUGACAUCAAAGAAGGGAGUUCGUGUUGGAGAGAGAGAAGACACGCUCCCACCAGAUUACCGAUUCUCAGAGGAAGAGCUCAAGAAAUAUCCUCCACCUAAGAAAGAGCCCUCCUUAGACACUACUGAAGCUCUGGAUAUUCUGUCUGGUGAUUUUAUACCUCCUUCGGCGGCAUCGUCUGGCAAGACCCCCGUUUGUCCUCCCUCUAAGUCUCCCGCUACGCCUUCAGAUUCUGCUUCAGAUUUGGCUUUAGAUGCUCUUGCAGGCGAUUUUGUCGCUCCUUCUUCUGCAUCUAAAGUUCAGUCUGCCGUCUCUGGCCCCCCACACGCUGACAGACAGUUGUCAGACGGUACCUCAUCAGCUUUGGAUGCCCUCUCAGACACUCUAGCAGACUUUAAAGCCGCCCCUGAGCCUGCCCCCGUCCUGCCUAAAGAUGUUGUUAAGGAAAAGAAUAUAGUUGAGGAGAGAGUGAAUAAACCAGGUGAGAGAGACGACACCCUUCCACCAGAUCAUCGGUUCAAAGAGGAAGACCGCAAGGCAUUUGAAGCAGCAAAGCAGAAAGACGUCAAACCAAAGCCGACAUCAAUGGAUGACACAGCAGCCCUUGACAUGCUGUCUAGUGAUUUUUCUGUAGUACCGCCCGUGAAGCCCUCAGCACCUGACGCCCAACGCUUCACCCCUGAACCACAACCGCCAACAUUUAAGGCAUCAGGUCCAGUUUUCGACGAGCUGGCGGAAAAAGUGAUUCCCAACCUGACUGACCCCAAAGCCAAAGACAGCAAACCAAAGGGAAAGGGUGCAAAACCAAAGUCUAAACCAAAGAAACAGUCAGUAGAAGAUUCAUCAGCCACAGAGAAGCAGCCCGGUAAACUGAGCUCAGAUGUGGUGCCUUCAUCUUCCACAAAGAGCGGAAACAGAUAGAUCACACAUUUAUGGUGUGUCUCCUCAUCCCUAAUACAAGCAACCAUUAAAGGGAGCUUCUCAGUCUAGAAAUAUAUUUUAUGGUGGACAUGGAAUGAAACAAAAAAAUGUAUAACUGCACAUAGACACUUAAACAUGUAUUUUCAGAGUCCCCCUUCUUCUUCUUUUCUCCUAAAGCCAAGCAACAAUAAAUAUAACAAUCUUUUAUCUCCUUGUGGUUGAUAGAACAUGUAUAUACGGAAAGGAUGUUUACAUCAAGCGCAUGUAUUGUUCUGUUUUUUCAGUCAUUUAUUUUGGUGUCGUUGUGAUAUAAUUUUUUCCACAGUAAAAAAAAAAAUAUAUACAAUUCCCCCCCCCCUCUUUACUGGGGGUCUCUCUACAGUUUUCCUGUUCACAGAGAUGACAGUCUGUUGCUGUUUGAGGAUCUAUUGAGACACUAGUGUACAGAGAUGCCGUAGGUUAUGAAUUCAUCGUUUACAUCGUUGCCGUCGAUGACCGUGAUGAUGUCUUUUUGAAUGCUGUUGAAUGUCUGUAUAAUGAUACUAGUAAAAAAAGGUUUAUAUGGGAGGUGUUUUUCUUUGUAGUUUGUUUCCUGAAGUGCACUUACAAGGAUGCUUUCGAAAAUAACUGUAAAAUAAUAUUGCUAACACUAAACGCCCCAUGUGCCCAUUUAUCACAAAAGCCUUGGAAAAUAAUCGAACCGCUUGUGUUACACAUGUUGCACUCUUAAAAUGUUUUCCACUU